GAUCAACUGUGUAUAUCUGUCUAUAUAUAUAUCACUAAAGUAUAGAAAAACACUCAUAAAUCAUUUAUUCUGAAUAUCAAUAUGUUUUAUACACAGAUUGUAUUAUCAAUUAGUCUUGUUGUAAUCUGGAACAUUCUAUCAACAAAUGGUGAUUGUAUCCCAUUGAAUCAACCUUGUACAAAAACAAUAUUUGCACCAUGCUGUAAUAAUACUGUAUGUAAAUUAUCUGGUCCAUUCUCCGGGAAAUGUGUUGAAUGUUUGAAAACAUUUGCAUGGUGUUGGAAUAGUGAUGAAUGUUGUUCCAAACAUUGUAGUUGGUUCCGAUGUAUAGAUGAUGAGAGUAGAUAA